AUGGAUGAUUGUAAGGCUGUCUCAACACCACUAUGUCCUAAUACCAAACUCUCACUAGAAUGCACCACUGAAGCAGUUCCUUCCACACUUUAUAGGUCUAUCAUUGGUAGUUUACUACAUCUUAUAGCUUUAAGGCCUGAUAUAAUGUAUUCAGUGGGUUUAGUGGCCAGAUUUCAACCCUUCUCAGAUGUUGAUUGGGAUGAAUCUUUACCUGACAAAAAAAGUACCUCUGGUUGCUGUUAUGUUCUUGGCUCUAAUGUAGUUUUUUGGCUAAGUAAAAAACAAGACACUGUCGCUUUUUCCACCUCUGAAGCUGAGUAUCUAGCUGGUUCCCAACUAAUUUAG